CCGGCUCGUUGGGGUCCUGCGGGGCGGCGGCGGGCGGGCGGAUCGGUGUCUCCUUCACUUCGCCCUCCAGUGCCAGCGCCUGCAGCAGCGCGGCCUCCUCACGGCGACGCCCGCCCGCGCCCCCGGUCCCGCUCCGCCCGGCUCCGCCGCCUUCCUGCGCCAGCCAGCUCCAAUGGCAAUUCCUCCGUCGUAUGCAGACCUUGGCAAAUCUGCCAGAGAUAUCUUCAAUAAAGGAUAUGGUUUUGGGUUGGUGAAACUGGAUGUGAAAACAAAAUCUGCAAGUGGAGUGGAAUUCACAACAUCUGGUUCUUCGAACACAGACACUGGAAAAGUGAAUGGGAGCUUGGAGACCAAAUACAAGUGGGCUGAGUAUGGGCUGACUUUCACAGAAAAAUGGAACACAGAUAACACUCUGGGAACAGAAAUUGCAAUUGAAGAUCAGAUUGCCAAAGGCUUGAAGUUGACGUUUGAUACAACUUUCUCACCAAAUACAGGAAAGAAGAGUGGUAAAAUUAAGUCAGCAUAUAAACGUGAAUGCCUAAACCUAGGUUGUGAUGUUGACUUUGACUUUGCUGGGCCUGCAAUCCAUGGUUCAGCUGUCUUUGGUUAUGAAGGCUGGCUGGCUGGUUAUCAGAUGACUUUUGAUAGUGCCAAAUCAAAAUUGACCAGGAACAACUUCUCUGUGGGUUACAAGACUGGAGACUUCCAACUGCACACUAAUGUCAAUGAUGGUUCUGAAUUUGGUGGGUCAAUUUACCAGAAAGUGAGUGACAAUCUUGAAACUGCUGUAAACUUGGCUUGGACAGCAGGUAGCAACAGCACUCGCUUUGGUAUUGCAGCUAAAUACAAGUUGGAUUCCACUGCUUCUAUCUCUGCAAAAGUGAACAAUUCUAGUCUAGUUGGAGUGGGUUACACCCAGACCCUGAGGCCAGGUGUGAAGCUUACUCUGUCUGCCCUGAUAGAUGGAAAGAGCAUCAAUGCUGGUGGCCAUAAACUUGGCCUCGGCCUGGAAUUGGAGGCUUAAAAAGGUGAAGAAACUGCUGCAGAGAAGGGAUAUCAGAAGAAUUUGGCCUUAAAAUGUAUUUCCAAUGUGACCAGCAGGCUUUUUUCCCAAGAAGGAUGACCUAGAACAAGAGCUGUAUUUGAAGUAUUUAGACAGUUACUUGUUAGCUGGUUUCUAGUUAAAUUGGUUACCCAUCUAGUUACAAUUCUGCAUUAGUGCAGUCACUUAAACAUUAUUUAAAUGUAUUUAACUGUUUAAUGCGCUACCCACAAAUAAUGAAAUAGACAUUUAUGAAAACUGUACAAUUGUGUGCAUGUUUGUUUUUAUGUUCCUUUUAACAUUCAAUACUGCCAUUGAAUGAAAAAUGGAUCAGUGGAUGUCUUGAAAUGAGGUCAACAGUUUUGUUAAAUCACCUUAAAUAGAAAUACAUUUGGUAUCCCGAGACAACUCAAAUUAUGAAUAAAACAAGUACACACACAUACUUGUGCCUCAGAUAUUUUAAGAGUCAAGAUAAUAGGGUAGUGCUCAGUUAAGUUUUAACUAAAAAUAAUCCAAGAUGUAGUGCUCUGUAUAUCUGUGCAAUUAAGGACCCACCCCUGAGAACAUUGAAUAUAGCCGGUUUUCACCAAACAGUUAAAUUCCUCAAGCAAGUCGGAUUUUUUUUUUCCUGUCAGGUAAGGUUUGUCAUAUCAGAUGGUUGAAUUUCCUGUUGUUCCAUGGGCAAGACUUAACUGCUACUAGUUGGCCUGCUGAUGUAGAGAAUGCAGAAAGAUAUGCUUGCCACAUUGAGACAUUUAAAAACUGUUCCUUGAUGCUUUGCCCAACAGCGGGGGGAGAAAACUCAAAAACACUCGUUUUGCUUAUAAUUGUAUGAAGUGAGACUUCUUUGCAACUGAAUGUAAUGGUGUCAUGGUACAACAGCCUGCUUAGCCCAACUGCUUUGAAGGUUUCUGCUUAAAAUAAACGAAAUAAAGACUUAAUUUUAAAUGGAAA